CAUUUGAUUUAUUAUAUACAUGCACUAUACAUAAGACUCUGCCUCUACAAAUUCUAGCUUUGUCCCACCUCUUGUGUAUGCUGUGUUUGGGCUCAAGGGACCUUGCUGUUGGCCCAGUAUCCAUUGCUUCUCUUAUAUUAGGGUCAAUGCUUAGGCAUGAAGUAUCCCCUACCAAAGAACCUCUCCUAUCAGCUGGCUUUCACUUCAACCUUCUUUGCUGGUCUUGUUCAAGCUUCUCUUGGAAUUUUAAGGCUUGGAUUUAUAAUAGAUUUCCUAUCAAAGGCAACCCUUAUUGGGUUCAUGGUAGGUGCUGCAAUAAUAGUCUCCCUACAACAACAGAAAAGCCUUCUUGGCACCAUUCAUUCACCAAACAAAUGGGUUUGGUUCCUGUUUUAAGCUGUCUUUCAUACAACACAAGAGUGGUCAUGGCAAACCAUAGUUCUGGGCUUCUGCUUCAUUUUGCUACUUCUUGUGGCGAGACACGUAGUACAUUAUUGAAGCAUACUUAA